AUGGCUGGUAUUAAGGAGAGUGUAAGGGAUUCAGUUGCUGUGGCCUUCGCUACUGACUCUGGCCUGGCCGUGACCAGUCAGAUCAAGCCGCAUUUCCAGCGUCAUGCCAGGACAGACAGUGAAACCGGAGAGCGGUACAUGAAUGAGGAGGAUUUCAUCAAUGCCGUUGCUCCAGCACAUGAGGACUAUCACAAAAUUAAACGCGAACAAUAUGGUAUCCUAUUCAGAGUCGCGGAUCGACGGAGGACGGGAAAGGUCAAUCUCCAAGACUGGAUCGCCUUUGAGACCCUGAUUGCCAAACCCGAUGCUGAAUAUGAGAUUGCCUUUCGUUUGUUUGACGUGGAGGGAACAGGGACUGUCAAAUACGAUGCAUUCCAGAAGUUUUACAACCUGACCAAGGGGGACGACACCAUUCCUUUUGACUGGAACUCCGAAUGGGCAUCGCUGUACACGGGACGGAAGAAGAAGAAACAUGACAUGACAUACCCCCAAUUCGCCCAGAUGCUUCGUGGCCUUCAGGGCGAGCGAAUACGACAAGCAUUUCACCUUUUCGACCGGGAUGGUGAUGGCUACAUAGAGCCCGAAGAUUUCCAGCGUAUCAUAUUGAAGACUGCCAAACACAAACUCUCUGACCAUUUGCUAGAAAACCUCCCUUCCCUAUGCACCAUCAGCGAGGGGAGUAAGAUCUCGUAUGCCAACGUUCGCGCCUUUCAGAAUAUAAUUAGAGAAAUGGACAUGAUCGAUUUUAUCAUCCGUAGCGCCAUCAGCAAGAGCGCAGAUGGCAAAAUCUCCCGUUCCGAUUUCCUCAACGAGGCUGCGCGCGUCACGCGCUUUUCCCUCUUCACACCCAUGGAAGCUGAUAUUCUCUUCCACUUUGCGGGCCUUGAUGCACCGUCCGGGAAACUCUCGUUAAACGACUUUGCCAAAGUUGUUGAUGCGUCGUGGCACACUACCACCGCGCUUGGCGAGGCGGCCAUCCAAGGCGUUUCGCAAGCAGCAGAUAAAGCAGCUACGAAAUCAAAGCAGGUGGUGCAAAGCAUCCUGGAAUCGGUGCAUCAUUUCGGCCUGGGCAGCAUUGCAGGUGCCUUCGGCGCCUUUAUGGUCUAUCCCAUCGAUCUCGUUAAGACAAGAAUGCAGAAUCAAAGAAGUGCUCGUGUUGGUGAGAAGUUGUAUAGGAAUUCUCUCGAUUGCGCGAGGAAGGUCAUUCGGAACGAAGGUAUUCUGGGACUUUAUUCCGGUGUCAUACCGCAACUGAUUGGUGUUGCCCCUGAAAAAGCUAUCAAGCUUACGGUCAAUGACCUGGUUCGUGGGUCGGCGACGGACAAGACGGGUAAGGUUGCGUUGCCCUGGGAGAUUUUUGCGGGUGGUAUGGCUGGUGGAUGUCAAGUGGUUUUCACAAACCCCCUUGAGAUUGUGAAGAUCCGGUUACAAGUUCAGGGGGAGAUCGCCAAGAGCGUUGAGGGUGCACCACGUCGAUCAGCCAUGUGGAUCGUCAAGAAUCUGGGGUUGAUGGGAUUGUACAAAGGAGCCAGCGCCUGUUUGCUUCGCGAUGUCCCCUUCUCCGCCAUCUACUUCCCAACCUACGCGCACCUGAAAUCCGACUUCUUCGGCGAAUCGCCAACCAAAAAACUCAGCGUCCUCCAUCUGCUAACCGCCGGCGCCAUUGCAGGCAUGCCGGCAGCCUACCUCACAACACCCUGCGACGUCAUCAAGACAAGACUACAAGUAGAAGCCCGCAAGGGCGAGACGAAAUACACCUCCCUCAGCCACUGCGCCAGCACAAUCAUGAAAGAAGAAGGGUUCCGCGCCUUCUUCAAGGGGGGCCCUGCACGUAUCCUCCGCUCAUCACCGCAGUUCGGCUUCACGCUGGCCUCCUAUGAGGUUCUGCAGAAAUGGCUUCCGCUUCCUGGAAGCAGGCAUGGGGAGGAGGCUAGGACGACUAUUGGAAGUGUGGAGCCCGGGUUGGGUCAGCGGGCCACCGCGCCUUUGCCGUAUAUACGGUCGAGAAAUGCGUUGAAGCUUAUUUUGGAUCUUGAUGAGAAUUUUGGGAAGAUCAAGUUCCCCCGGGGCGCGGGCUUGUCUGGUGGUGCGUGA